AAGCGCACGAGGCUCUGCAGUUUUGGUCAGCUCAGAGCUUUCCUGGUGUCCCUGGGACAUCCCUGGGAGAGUUAUCCCAACACACACCCCCCUGGAGAUGUGAUCGUGGUACAGCCCGGAGAAUUCCACUUAAGAAGCCGAGGGAUCAUUGUUUGCAGGAGCCACUUUGGAGUUCCAUGUGCCCCAGCAGCGUCUGAUCCCAGCCAGGCAAGGAAGGGGAGAUACAUCUCAAAUUCCAACCUGUGUCCAGAAGGAAGAGGAAAGGAACUGACACACAGGACUUCUCCAAACAGGACAGAAGAUGUCCUCAUCAGUGCAGCUCUUCCGAGAUCAGAGGUACCACGAGCUGAAGGGGCAGUGCCUCCAGCAGGGGAUCCUCUUUGAGGACCCUGAGUUUCCAGCCUCGGAUGAAUCCCUUUACUACGACUCAGCAGCAAAAGGGAAAGUGGAAUGGAAGCGGCCAAAGGACCUCUGUGAAGACCCCCACCUGCUUGUGGAUGGAAUGAGCUCCCAUGACUUCCACCAGGGCAAGCUGGGGAACUGCUGGUUUGUGGCUGCAUGCUCCUGCCUGGCUUUGAGGAAAAGCCUCUGGCAGCAGGUGAUUCCAGACUACAACGAGCAGGAGUGGGACCCCAAAAACCCAAGGAAACACGCUGGGAUUUUCCGUUUCCGCUUCUGGCGCUUUGGAGAGUGGACAGAGGUGGUGGUGGAUGAUCUGCUGCCAACUGAGAAUGGGCAGCUCAUCUACUGCCGUUCCAACGUGAGAAAUGAAUUCUGGAGUGCUUUGCUGGAGAAAGCUUAUGCUAAGCUGGCUGGAUCCUACCAAGCCCUGGAUGGAGGCUGUGCUACAGAAGCCCUGGUGGAUUUCACUGGAGCAGUGGCAGAAUCCAUCAGUUUGGAAGAGGGCAAAUAUGGUGAGGUUAUUCCUGAACAGAUGAAGCUGUUUGAAGACUUGAUGAAAGUGCAUAAAAGAGGAGGGUUCAUCAGCUGCUUCAUUUCAGAGUCCCCUGGCCGGCCCAGUGAAGCAGAGACAGAGAUGGGGCUGAUCGUGGGCCAUGCCUACUCCGUGACUGCCAUCAGGAAGCUGCGCCUCGGGGAGAGCCUGGUGUUCUCCUUCAAGGCUGAAAAGCUGUUCAUGAUCAGGCUGAGGAAUCCCUGGGGCAAAAAAGAAUGGCAUGGUGCUUGGAGUGACAGUUCUGAAGAGUGGAAGAAAGUCAGCGAUUCUGAGCGCAAGAAUUUGGGGCUCACUGUUGAGAACGAUGGAGAGUUCUGGAUGACGUUUGAGGACUGGUGUAAGAAUUUCACAGAUGUGGACAUCUGCAGGACUGUGAACACCUCCUGCUUCAGCCUCCACAAGACCUGGGAGAAGGAAAUGAUCUAUGGGGCUUGGGCAAAGCACCCAGAGCCCCUGCUGAACCGAGCUGGGGGCUGCUUUGAUAACAGAGAGACCUUCCUGCAGAACCCCCAGUACCUCUUUGAUGUUAAGAAGGCCCAGGACAAAGUGCUGGUGUCCUUACAGCAGGAGGAUCGCCGCAAGUACAAGAAAGAAGGGAAAGGAGACAACAUCACAAUUGGCUUUGAAAUCCUCAAGGUGGAGGACAACAGGAGGUACAGGCUGCACAAGCUCACGGUGCAGGAGAGAGUGGCCACGUCUCCCUACUUCAACACACGCAGCGUGUUCCUGAGGAGGACCCUCCAGCAGGGCCGCUACGUCCUGGUCCCAACCACCUACAUCCCAGGGGUCCCCACAAAAUUCAUCCUCAGGCUCUACACAGAUGUGCCCUCAAAACUCAGGGAGCUGAAGGCAGAUAGGCCUAAAAUGACGUGUUGGAGUCUCCUUUGUGGCUACCCACGCAGAGUCACCCAAAUCAAAGUCCACUCUGCAGAGGGUUUGCAGAAACAAGACAGAUCAGGAGGAGCAGAUCCCUACGUGCUCAUCAAGUGUGAGAAGCAAAGCCGGCGCUCCCCGGUGCAGCACGACACCACCAGCCCCGUCUUCAACACCCAGGUGAUCUUCUACAGGAAGGACAUCGACAGUCCUGUCACCAUCCAGGUGUGGAACAGCAACCUCCUGAGUGACCAGUUCCUGGGGCAGGCGGUGCUGGCAGCCUCCCCGGGUGAGCCCCUCAAGCAGCAGCGGCUGCAGCUGCGGGGCAGAGGCGGCGGGGAAGCGGCCGAGGUGCCGGGUCACAUCAGCGUCACGGUGCUGUGCAGCGAGGACCUGGGCGAGCUCUGAGCUCCGCACAGCCAGACGGAGCUGUCGCCUCCCGGCAGCACAGGGAGCACAUCAGCAUAAUCGCUUUAAAGGGGGGGAAAAGUCCUCCUUUGGGAAAGGGGGAAAUGCAUAUUUAUCCAUAGCUAUGCUCGUGAUACAGCUCAUGCAGUAGGAGAGUGUUGCAAUAGGACACGAAAUAAAACCACGCGGACACUGGAACUGCAAGGUAAGAAGAAGAAGAAGGGUGGUUUAUUUCUUGACUCUAACAUUUGUAGACUUUCAAAAGUGACAGUGGAUUGGAGGAUGAAAGUGCCACUUCUCCAAUGACACUGGACAAACCAACAGUCUAUCAAAUUUGUCUUCCUCCAGAGAGGAAUGUAAAAACAAUAAUUAUUUACAUAAAAGUGCAUGAGAAACUCCAUUACAAGAAUAUAAACAUCUGAAGGCUUAGAAGAACUAGAAGAACAGGGUGACAGGAGAGGGACCAAAUGGAAUGCUGGCAGGGAAGCUGAUGGGGAUGGGAGCAUGGUUGAGGAUGCAGGCAGAAAUGGCUGCAGCUCCAUCGAGCACCCACCGGUAGCUUGGGAACUGGCAAGUACAAGGGGGAUUCAUGGGGAUAUUUUUUCCAUAUCCUUCCCAUAGAAGGAUAUAAAUUUCUUGAUGAAUUUCACUAUAGAUUAGAUGUUUCUGUUCCUUGGUGAAAAUAGAGCUCAGUCAUAGCUUGUGGCCUUAAGACCAGUCUUUCCAGGACAACAUUAAAACAGAGGGGCAGAUCUUGCAGUGCCUGUUUGAACACCACAGCAAAUAAGAGCUUUGUCCACCCAAAGGCUCUCAGACUGACUUUCUGAUUGUUCUCUUCUCUGCCUCGAGCUGGUCACUCGCAGUUUGGUAUCUCUGUCCAAGGGCACCUCACAGGUCAGCUGGGGCUUUGCUCAGAGCACAGAUUCAGUUAAUGGGAGCCUCCUUGCUUUGUUUAAGCCACAUCAUGCUAAAAAUGGGAUAAAAGCCCUCUUGUUUUGGUAGAUGUAGCACCAGCCCGAAAGGAGAAAAUGAGCUCAUGAGAAGGGUGGGGUUGUAAAAGCAGGGUGCUGUUCCCUGGCAGUUGCAAGGUCUCACUCUCAAAAUUUUGCAGUCAUUUAUUGCUGUCACGACUGAUGUUUGAUGGAGUUUCACUCGGGUACCAUAGAGGACGGAUGUUAUUUCACAUUUCCCUCCCAGCUGGGGUCUGGUGCCAGCUCUUCCCUUCCCCUGCAGCCCUGGCAGGGUUCCCUCAGCAGCUGUCUGGGGUGGGCAUGCUGGGCAGUGACCCUGGCAGUGCACGGGGCUCUGUGCCAGACACUCAGAAAUGGAUUUUACACAGCUGCAGAUUCUGGGUGGGAAAGUGAAGCUAAAGGACCAUUCUGCCUUUUUACAGCCAGGAAAUUUGGAUUUCUGUGUGCCUUGUAGCCACUUCAGCCACACUGCAAUUUUUACAAUUUAUGAAAUGGCCCUUGACAGAGCUAAUGUUUUCACAAAAGGUCUCCUCAGGGCUCCAAAAAGAUGAUUGCUGUGGUAGGAAAAUGCUUUCUCUGACAUGCCAGAGAUGGUCUGUGGGGCUGUGAACGAUGCUGCAGUGCCAUCAGCUUGCACAUACCAAGGACCAAAAUCCAGCUCUUCUCAGACAAUUUGGGCUCAGGCCAUUUGGCACAGCAGAGAUCUUGUCAGAGGUGUGAACUACAGGCCCCACAGGCAAGUGACAUUCUCUGAAAGCUCAUGGCUCCAGGGCUGCUUACUCCAGAAAUGUUUGUAAACUGAGAUUUCUCUCUUGAAAAGCAUAAACUGUCUCAUGCAGACCAGAGCUUGGACAGGGGAACUGCAAAGGUCGGGGCUGCCCUAGAGACUGAGAGCUGUUUGCUGUGCUUUUCCUCACACUCUGUCCAGGCUGUGGGAGCUGCUUCCUGCAGUGUUCCCUAUGGGAUGGUGCCCAUUCCCUAUGGGAUGGAGGCCGUUCCCUAUGGGAUGGGGGCCGUUCCCCAUGGGAUGGGGGCCAUUCCUGGGGCUUGGCUUGGCCAAGGAUCAGUGUUUAGCCUGAAAAACAUUCCACACUGAGAUGGCACCAGAGGUUUGUGCCUCCCUGCCCCACCAUUUGGCUGAGGAUGCUCCUGAGCCCACUGAGGGCACAAAGCCAGCGCAGCCCCAAGCUGGAGGGGAGUCCCUUGGCUCGUUCCUUGCAGCCACACAGCCCUGGCCCCAGUCCCAGCACCACCACCCUGUUCCAGCCUCUGCACAGGGCUGUCCCCAGCAUGAGUGGGACACAGGGAGCAUGAUCAGCAGUUCUUGGGUGUGUACAGCCUGGAAAAGUGGGAACUCAGGGUGAGGAGCACAGACACGGUGACCUUGAGGCCUUGAUGAUUGUGCCAGCUCCAGACAUUGCCCCAGUUUGUCCCCGUGGCACGGGGCCAGGCACUGCUGGCCAGUGCUGGCCUGAGGGACUGGCGGUGCUGGGAGCUGCAGGAGGCUCAGCAGGAUGCCUCCACCUCUGCAGUGAUUGUUUUUGGGAACUGCUUGGUUUUCCCAUCAGGAGGAGCUGAUCCAGCUUGGGAAUACAGCUGGCUCUGCUGGUUUACAGAUGCUUCUGCCUUCCCAGGUGAAGCCAGGCAAGGGCAGGCUGACAGGGGCUUGUGCUGCUACCUGCUUCUAACUUUGGUACUUAAAAUUGUUCAUUUUUUAACAAUAUCAACAUAUGGGAAAACAUCUUGGGUUUUUUUUUUGGGAGGGGAGAAGAGCUGCAUUUAUGUACACACUCGAGCCACCUCAAAAAUUAAAACAGGUGGAAAUGAGUGUAAAAUAUUUC